CACAUACUCCAUUGAUACAGUAAUGGUAGUGGGUUGAGUGAUGAAAAAGAGUGUAAAAAUGUGGCAAGAGAUGAUGAUGAAGGAAGAAGCAGAAGAGGAAGAGAUUGAGAGAUUAUUUAUGGGUGUUAUGGGAGGAUAUAAAGAUGCUUUCAUGCCGCCAUUGACGGAUUUUUCCACCAUUAAUGAGAUGGGUUCAAGCUCAUCCUAUGGGAAUAAGAGGCACAAAAAAGAAGCUCCUCUUGCUGAUGAUAAUAUGCAUAAGGAACGUAACAGAAGAGGGAAAAUGGCUGAGUUGUACUCUCUGCUUCAAUCCUUAGUCCCAACAAUCUCCCACAUCCAUAAGGCGACGAGGGAGAAGAUUGUGGCGGAAUCUAUAGAUUACAUCAAACGUCUUGAGGAAGAAGUAUUGAGGUUGAAGAAUCUGAAGAAGUCAGUAGUGGUGUAUAAACCUGCUUUAUCUCAAUGGAGAAACAGGGUUUCUUCUGUUAAUGCUACUGUAUCGAAAGGAUUAGCAUUUUUCGGGAUCCAAUUUCAGCUCACACAAGGACUGAUGACUAACAUCUUCUCGGUUCUUGACAAGCAUCAGGCUGAGGUUUUGGCUGCUAAUAUCUCUGUAAGUGACCAUCAGCUAACGACAUUGACAAUCACAGUAACCAUAGGAAAUAAUGAAAGUAAUACAGUAGAGAGUAUUCGGAGAGAAUUGCUUCUUUUUUAGAAUUGUUUUUGUGAUUUAUAUGCAUUGGUUGAUGGAUAUCAUCAAGUUUUUCGAGAUCUUUUUUGUGUUGUUGCUGAUUAUGCAUGAAUCAUUAUUUAUAGAAAAUGCAUACGGAUAGUUCUAACAGAUG